AUGGCGCCUGCCGCAACACCUAGCCCGGGACUAAAGGGCAGGAGAGAUUCCUCCGCGUGCCGCGGCCCUUGCCCAGCCCGCCGGGGCCGAGUGCGCCGCCCAUUGGAGGAGACGCCCCGUCAAUCACCUCCGGGGGCGAGCUCUCACGCUUCCCUUGCGAAGCGGCGGAGGAGGCAGUCUCUGAUGGCGGUGCCGGGCGGCGCUUGGAGUAGUUCAGGGAGGGGGUGGUAUCCCGCGGGACCUGCAGUCCUUCCGCGCCUCCGGGGCCGGUCCGCCCCGGUCCGAGGUUUUCCCUGCGAGACGCCGCCUCCCACUGAUGGGGAGUUUCAGACGUGCCCUAACAAACGGGCCCUUAAAGCCAUGAGCGGGUGUGAGCCCGGGUGGGCCCAUUCUAACCGGAAACAUGCAAAGAUAGGAAUCCUGCAAAACGUAGAGCAGCCCAGCCGAGAUGACACACUAGAAAACCACCAAUUUAGGCACUUCGGAAACUCUACAUCACGGAAGAAUUUGCGACGUAGAAAAUCAAGAAGUAAGGACUAUGAUGUAUAUAGUGAUAAUGAUAUCUGCAGUCAGGAAUCAGAAGAUAAUUUUGCUAAAGAGCUUCAACAAUAUAUACAAGCUAAAGAGAUGGCAAAUGUUACUCAAUGCUUAUCGCUUCCUGAAGAAUCUGUGAAGAAAGAGGGAGCAAAGGAUACCCAGAAAGGUAAAGCUGUUAAACAAAAAAAUAAAAAUAAAAACCUUAAAGCUGUUCACAAGAAUGGUAAACAGAAGAAAAUGAAGCGAAAAUGGCCUGGCACUGGAGACAAAGGAUCAAACGCUUCCCUGAGGAACAAUGGCUCACAGGAACAGGAUGGUAAACUUAAAGAGAAGCAGCAGCCUGUGAGAAUGAGUCAGGGAUUCAUCAACCAACAUACGGUGCAACGCCAGGGAAAACAAAUUUGUAAAUAUUUUCUUGAAAGGAAAUGUAUUAAGGGAGACCAGUGUAAAUUUGAUCAUGCUGCAGAGAUAGAGAAGAAAAAGGAAAUGUGUAAGUUUUAUGUACAAGGAUAUUGUACCAGAGGUGAAAACUGUCUGUAUUUGCAUAAUGAGUAUCCUUGCAAGUUUUACCAUACAGGAGCAAAAUGUUAUCAGGGAGAAUAUUGCAAGUUUUCACAUGCUCCACUGACUGCUGAAACACAAGAACUGUUGGCUAAAGUUUUGGAUCCUGAAAAGAAGUCGUCAUGAAAAUAAAAUACAUAAAAAAGCUUUGUAUGGAUGAAGAGUGCUUGUGUCUGCCUGUUCAAGACUAUUCAAGACUUGAUUUGGAGUGGUUUACAAGAUUCCUCAUUUAAAGCGCCCUCUUGUGUCAUUACAAUGAUGUGCAACUCUUCAGUGGGUGGCGCCGAGGGACAGAAUGUAGUGUCUAAGUGAAGGGUUGGUCUUCACCAAGAUGGUUCCAGCCAUUGAAACAGGGGAGGAGCAUAUGUGACAGAGAUGCUGGCUGGUGGGUAAAUGUUGUGGUAGUAGAUUGCAGAAGUCUCUUCUGAUUGAUUGCGUUUUCUCAGUAAAACAGGAAAAAGGUUAGGCUGAGUGAGGAUGGAAGAGAGAAAACUACUGGGUUCCACUAGGAAGACAUUGGGAUAAUAGACAAUGAAUAUACAGCUAGAUCUUUUCAUGUCAUUAAAUACAUUCACAACAUAUUUUUAUUGUUUGCUUGCAGUUCUGUUUUAUGGCUUAAAUUAUGGUUCUGUGAUUUUUUAAAACCAGUUUCCUAUUGUUGAACCAAAAAGUUGUUUCCGAUUUCUUACUGUUAUAAAUAAAAUGGAGCAGUGUCUCUUGCUAUA